AUGUGUACAGAGAAUGUAGCACGUCGAGGAGCAGCUAUACAGCCAUCCACAUAUUCCACCUUUGUAGCUCAAAAUGCCAUAGAUGGUAAAAGAUAUGGAUCAGGUGAAGCUGCAUACUGCUCCAUUACUGGAUCUGUAUUGAGUCCAUGGUGGAGGUUGGAUCUUCAGUAUAAAUAUGAGAUUGGCACAGUAAUCAUCAGUGAUAGAUCAGAUGGUCAUCCUGAUCAAACCAAUGGAGUAGAGCUUCGUAUUGGGAACUCCCUGGAAAACAACGGGAACAACAAUCCCAGAUGUGCUGUAACUUCAGGUUUUCUUCGUGGUCAAACUCUCAGUUACUCAUGUAAUGGGACGGAGGGACGCUAUAUGAAUCUGGUCAUGACUGGAUAUACAUCUCAUCUCUCUCUCUGUGAAGUAGAGGUCUAUGGAAAACGUCAUUAUAAAAAAAUCAUUUUGAGACUGAAAUUUCUCUCCAGUGUUGAUGCACCGGCUCUGAAUGACAAAAUCCUUUCUCAGCUGCAGUCUGCUCUGUCAUUAUACAUCUCUGAUUUUGAACUGUCCUGGAAACAACGCCCUUAUAAAGAGAAAGUCAAACAACAGAACACAGGUCCAUGUGGUAAAUAGCUGCCUGAGAGAUGAAGAAGAUUUCAUUUAUUUACCGUUUUCCAUCACUGUUUUAGUUGUUACUGAUCCUGUAUGUUUCAUUUAAAGUGUCUAGCUACAAUCUAGUUGUUUAUCUGAAAAUAUGACUGUGGAUAGUUUUGCCUCAUAGUUUCAUAUUGUCUUGAAAGUUAAACAUCAGACUGUUGACAUUGUUAGUAUUUUGGGUUUGUAUAAUCUCCAAUUUAUAUUGUAUCACAUACAGUUACAUACAGAUUAAGUCAUUUUGGAGCAUAGAGGAAAUGCAGCUUCU